AUGGAUACCUUGAAUAAGUUCUCAAGAUCCACAUGCAUUAGAGUGAAUCCUUUCAAGUGUAAAACCUAUUUUGAAGGGGUGGUAGGCCACACAAAAGAAGAGAUAAAUAAGCUACCAUUUUUCAUAGAAGGCUCUCUACCUUUAAGGUAUCUAGGUGUGCCUCUAACUAGUAAAAAAACUGUAUAUUCCCCAUUAUAUGAGCUUGAUAAACAAAAUUAUGGCGAGGAUCAAACACUAGAGUGCAAAACUGCUUAG